GACGUUGAAGUGCUGAUUUAUUACAAAGAUGCCCACCAGCCCACUGCUGUGGUGGAGGCAGGACAGGCCUCUGCCAAGACUGGCUCUCUGAUGGGUGAUCCAGUGGUGAUGGUGAGCCUGUACCCAGAGUUCCCCCAGUCUGUGAUGUCCUCACUCGCCUCAUGUGGAGAGUUUGUGUUCUUGAUGGAUCGAUCUGGGAGUAUGGAGUGUCCUAUUAAUAACAACAAGCCACAGGAAACUCGGAUUAGCAGRGCAAGGGACACUCUGCUGCUCCUGUUGAAGAGUUUACCAAUGGGCUGCUACUUCAACAUCUACAGUUUUGGGUCCACUUUUGAACACAUCUUCCCUAAGAGUGUUGAGUACAGUGAGAAGWCCAUGGAGGAGGCUGUAAAGAAAGUUGAGGGGAUGGACGCUAAUCUGGGAGGAACAGAGAUUCUUCGGCCUCUCGAACACAUUUACAGCCAGCCCUGUGUUCCCAAACAGCCGAGACAGCUCCCAACCACAAAAUGUUAUGGUUGACUGUCUGGCAAGUUGUGAAGAAACUGAAGAGGAGGAAGGGGAACAACCUGCUGCCCCUCAGGUCCAGAGAGACCCUCUGCUUCUGCUGGUCUCCCUGCAGAAGGCCUCUGGCAGCUGGRUGCUUGAUGCACAUCUGGCUGCUGUGCUGGGAAAGAGCAGCGAGGAGGUGGAGACGUCCAAACCUGCAGCGGCCAACAAGGACGUGUACGCCACCAUUCUGGCUCUGAUCUGGCUUCAUGGCUUCAAACUGGAUGCUAAAGAGGAYUGGGAGCUUCUGGCUGUGAAAGCUGCAUCAUGGCUUCAUGRUCAGAAUGCUCCGUGUGUGUCGGAGUGUGUUGAAGCUGGAAAUGRACUGUUGGGUUGCAGCGUGGAAAAAAGUAAUCUGGGUCUCUGAGCUUUUCCCUGAAGUGGCUUCACCUUCAGGYUUGUUGAACAGUAGCAGGUUUUGUCCUUAAAACAAGUUUUCUGAUGCAUUUUACUGGUGCAAUACUUACUCAUACAUUAACCAAUGUGCCUGAAUAUAAGUUUGCUGCAUCUGUCUAGAAAAAAAGCCAAAGAAUACAUAAGAAACUCUUAACAUCUCUUUGUAUUUGAAACUGUUUGAAGAAUGUUAAAUGGAGAGAUUAUACAUGUAAACAAAUAGACCAGUAAUUCUGUACCUGAUGAAUAAACACUUAAUCAUCAAUCAUUUCUGAAUUAUUAUUUAGUUCAUCAAAUUCAAGUCAAAUAUAUUCCCUUCAAACAGAAUUGUAAAAGCUGACACCUCUACACACAGACACGUCAAACUGCACAGCUGGACUAUCUCAUGAGAAGAGAUUAUGUGCAUGAAUUCUGCUGGUUUUUAACCUAGCAAACUAAAUGUUACAAAUUUGGUCAAAGUGUGGCUUUUCUGCUCAAUAAAUUUAAAAAUGUCUCUUUGGUGGGUAAAGAAUCCACUCGUGCUUUUAAAAGUAAUGUUUAUGUUUAGAUCUGUUCCAUACAGAAAGAGAAGUGCAGAACUUUGCUGCCAUCUAGUGGUAGCAUUGAAAAUGAAAGCAAUUGUUUUCAAUACAAAACUGAGUAACUCUAAUUAUUUCAUGUUUCCAAGCAGCCAUAUUACUGUCUUCUAAUCUUGUGGUCAUGAACCUUCAGGAUUUCUGAACAGACUGAGUUUUUUUCUUUCUCUGCCAACAGUGGAGGCUGGAGAAGAAAAGCGUGAUGUGUAUGCUGAUAUGAACACAAUAAAUGUUUCACCCCAUCAGCUGUA